AUGUCCCCUGUGUUUAAUGCUGCUGCUGCUCAAGUUUACGAAGAUGUUCCUUGGUAUUAUGGAGAAAAGAAAAUGGAAAAGGCUAUGCCUUGUCGCGUGCUGUGUUUGUGUGUUGAUGAGUUGACGAAAUUACUUGUUCCCGAGAUUGGUUCGGUUGUUCAUACACUGAUUCCAUUUUUGAGAUGGGGUCAAGAUCCAACUGUGCUUCCAUUUGCGGAAUGUUAUUCUGCCAAUGCAAUUAGAAUGGCUGCUGCUUCAGCCAUGCCAAAGAUACUGAAUUCAGCUAGAGAAGUUGUAGAAAGCAGCGACCCAGAGGACUAUGAUCACGCUAUGCAAUACGUCGAGGAGUUAUCUGAUAGGGUCAUACGUGCUUUAAACGAAGCUUCAGAUGUGGAACCUGAUGAGGAUGUUCGUUAUGACAUAUUGGAUGCUUUGAAUGACUGCAUACAGUAG